UCUCCCUCGCCGGCUGGCCUAUGGGAGGUAGGCGGAGCAAAAAAGGAGGGCCACUGAGCCAGCAGCCGUCGAGCUCAUUGUUGUGGGAGCUCCUUAAAGGGGCCGCCUCCGCCGCCGACGGAGAGAAACGACCGACUGGCUGACCGGGCCGGGCCUGGGCUGCCGGCGGUGGUGGGUUUCCGGGAGGAGGUGUUCGGGAAAGGCUGGGGAUCGGCCGGGCCUAUGGAGCCCCCGCCCGCCAAGCGCAGGUGCGGCGCCUCCGGGGAGCAGCCCGAGUCUGGAUCAGGACCGGGUGCCGCCGCUUCAGCCUCCCCGCCUCCUGCUUCCACCGCCGUCGAGACAUUGCUGGAUCUGAGCGCCCGGCGGGUGGCCGAGACGUGGGCCUUCGAGCAGGUGGAAGAACGCUUCUCCCGUGUCCCAGAACCUGUGCAGAAGCGUAUCGUGUUCUGGUCCUUUCCCCGGAGUGAACGGGAGAUAUGCAUGUAUUCAUCCCUGGGGUAUCAUCCUCCAGAGGGCGAGCGAGAUUCGCGUGUCCCGUUUAACCGUGGCCUGAAUUUGCUGCAGUCGGGUGCCGUUGAUCGUGUCCUGCAAGUAGGUUUCCACCUGAGUGGUACGGUGACGGAGCCGGCUGGUCCCAGUGAACCCGAGCACAGCUAUCACGUCUCCAUCAGCUUCGACCGCUGCAAGAUCACAUCAGUGAGCUGUGCCUGCGACAACCGGGACAUCUUCUACUGUGCCCAUGUGGUGGCGUUGUCCCUGCAUCGCAUCCGCCAUGCCCGCCAGGUGGAGCUGCGCCUGCCCAUCUCCGAAACCUUGUCCCAAAUGAACCGGGACCAGCUCCAGAAAUUUGUGCAGUAUCUGAUCAGUGCCCACCACACAGAGGUGCUGCCGACUGCUCAGAGGCUAGCUGAUGAAAUUCUGCUGCUCGGCUCUGAGAUCAACAGAGUGCACGGUGCCCCUGACCCCACAGCCGGUGCUGGCAUUGAGGACGCCAACUGCUGGCACCUGGACGAGGAGCAGAUCCAAGAGCAAGUGAAGCAGCUGCUGUCCAACGGCGGUUACUAUGGGGCGAGCAAACAGCUUCAGUCCAUGUUCAACAAGGUGCGGGAAAUGCUGCGCAUGCGGGAUUCCAACGGGGCACGCAUGCUCAUCCUGAUGACCGAGCAGUUUCUGCAGGAUCCGCGCCUGGCCCUCUGGCGGCAGCAGGGAGCUGGCAUGACUGACAAGUGCCGGCAGCUCUGGGAUGAACUAGGGGCAUUGUGGGUGUGUGUGGUCCUGAGCCCCCAUUGCAAGCUGGAAGAGCGGGCUCUCUGGCUGCAGCUCCUCAAGAAAUGGAACAAGCUGGACAUCUGUCCCUUGGAGGAGGGCAACUACUCCUGUGACAGCGUGGGAGCCAACAGCACCCUGCCGACUAAUCCAAACCGCAGCACAGCUGGCGUCCGACAGACGGUCUUUGGCCGCGCCAUCAAGGCUGCCGAGCUUCGCUGGGGGGACUGCCACCUGCAAAAGAUCCUGAGCAGCGACUGCUAUGGUGUCUCCCUGAAGAGCGGAAGUGACAAGUUGGGCUUUGACCCCCAGGGCCACCCGCUGUGGCUGGGCGAUGCCUUCCCCAUGGCCUGUGCUCGGGUGGAUGCUUUGCGCUCUCACGGCUACCCCCGGGAGGCCUUGCGCCUGGCCGUGGCUGUCGUCAACGCCAUGCGCUUGCAGCGGCGCCAUCAGCUGGAGAGCUACAAGCAGCAGAAGAAAGAGCUCCUGCACAAAGGCACAACCAGCAUCACCAACUUGGAGGGUUGGGUGGGGCACCCUCUGGACCCCAUUGGUUGCCUCUGCCGCACCUUUCUGGAGGCCUGCCGGAUGGAUGACGAGGGGCUGUCACUGUACCCAGACUCUGCAGCAGAGCCCAAGAAGGCCCUGUACCAGCAUGUCCCAGUGCCCUCGAGUCCAGGCGAGUCGUACUUCAUGCUGGCCCUGGAGGUGGCGUUGCUGGGGUUGGGGCAGCAGAGGUCCAUGCCAGAGGGGCUCUAUGCCCAGGACAAGGUGGUGCGCAGUGAGGAACAGCUCAUUGGGCUCCUGGACGAGAUGGAGCUGGACGAGCGGCUGGUGCCUGUGCUCCGCAAGCAAGCCGCCUUGCUCCUGGAUGGGGGGCCUUUCAGUGGCUUUGGAGAGGUCGUGUUCCGCGAGAGUGUACCCAUGCACACCUUUGCCCGCUAUCUCUUCACCGCCAUGCUGCCCUAUGACCCUGAGCUGGCCUACCGUCUGGCACUGCGAGCCAUGAGGCUCCCUGUAUUGGAGACGGUGUUGCCAGCCAGCGACAUCCUGCACCAGAACCCCCUGGAUUCAAUGAUGGCCAAUCGCUUCCCCCGCUGGUUCACUCUAGGGCACCUGGAAACGCGGCAGUGUGAGCUGGCAUCGGCGAUGCUCACCGCUGCUAAAGGGGACCCCAGUUGGCUGCGUAUGGUCCUGGGCUCCAUCCAGCAGAACAUUCAUUCUCCAGCCUUGCUCUUCAAACUGGCCCAGGAUGCCUGCAAGACGGCCACUCCAGCCAACACUCCCCCGGACACUACCUUGCUUAACAUCUCCCUGGAGCUUGGCCUGCAGGUGAUGCGCAUGACUCUCAACACCAUGACUUGGCGUCGCAGGGAAAUGGUUCGCUGGCUGGUCAGCUGUGCCACAGAGAUUGGUGUCCAGGCCCUGAUGAACAUCAUGCAGAACUGGUACACGCUCUUCACGCCCAUUGAGGCCACGACCAUCGUGGCCGUGACGGGCACCACGCACGCCACCCUGCUGAGGCUGAGCCUGAGUGCAGGGCAACGGGAUGAGCUGUGCAGCUGCGCCCGGACGCUGGCCCUGCAGUGCGCUAUGAAGGAUCCUCAAAACUGCGCCCUGCCGGCUCUGACCCUCUGCGAGAAGAACCACGCGGCCUUCGAAGCAGCCUACCAGAUCGUGCUGGACUCGGCGGCCUCUGCCGGCAUGGGCCACUCCCACCUCUUCACUGUGGCCCGGUACAUGGAACACCGCGGGCUGCCCAUGCGCGCCUACAAGCUGGCCACCUUGGCCUUCUCGCACCUCAGCAUCGCCUUCAACCAGGACACCCACCCUGCCCUCAACGACGUCCUCUGGGCUUGCUCCCUCAGCCAGUCCCUGGGCAAGAGUGAGCUGGCUGCCAUUGUCCCGCUGGUCAUCAAGAGUGUGCAGUGCGCCCCCAUGCUCUCUGACAUCUUGCACCGCUGGAGCCUGCCGCCUCCGGGCCUCGCCUCUCUGGGCGGGGGGCGCCGUGGGGCCGGCAGCACUGGUGCUGGGGGGAAGCUCUUCGCUGUGGACAAGGCCCCUCUGUGCCAGCUCCUGGAGGCUGCCAUGGCUGCUUACAUCAGCACCACCCACUCGCGCCUCACCCACAUCAGUCCCCGGCACUACGGCGAGUUCAUUGAGUUCCUGGGGAAAGCCCGCGAGACCUUCCUGCUGGCACAUGAGGGACACCUGCGCUUUGGCCAGUUCCUCGACAACCUGAAACAGACCUACAAGGGCAAGAAGAAACUGAUGUUGCUGGUGCGAGAGCGCUUUGGCUAGGGGGCGGGGCCACUCCGAGAGGGAGUGCUUUGGUCGGGGGGGGGGGGGCAAGCAGAGGGACAUCUUCCCCCUCCUGCAACAGAAGCGCUUUGGCUUGGAGGGCUGGGUAGGAUGGCCAGUUUCCCUUGGGGCCCAAGUGCUUUGGGGGUGUGGCCAGGCAGGGUCUGGGUUUCUGCCUGGAUUCAGAGCCCCUCUGCCUGGGAGCGCGGUCGGCUUCCUCCUUCCUCCAGUGGAGGUGCUCCAGGGCUGCAGAACUGAGCAGAUGGGCCUGCACUUUAGCUGGGGGUGGGGGUGGGGAUGUGUCAGUCUGGAGCCGCCCAGCAGGGUGGGUUUUCUGCAGCACUGGGCUGGGCACGGACUCGGUGGAAACGCCUGCCCUCCCCCCCGGCUCUCCCAGUGGGACGGGAAGGACGCUUUGGUUGCCGAUUUCAGUAUUAACCCACAUGGGGAUUCCGCACCUUGGUCGAAGGCUCCAGGCCCCGGCGGGGUCUUGCGGAUGGUGGGGAUCCCCUCCUGUGGAAUUUCACAGCUGCUGUUCCAGUGCUCUAUUUCAGACCCAGCACAGACGAGGGUUGGUUUAUCCUUUUUGUCUGCAAGUGCGAGAGGGGUGCCUGGAUGCAUCUCCUCUUGCCUGCCGGAAGCCCCACAGACUGCCGCUGCCCCCCCCCCCCCCGCUUUCUCGACGGCCCCAGGUUCCUCUGGAGUACCAAACCUGUGCUGAAGUCUGGACAUUCAGGAGGGGCAGUGGGAGGGUGGGGGUCCUUACAGGGUUGGGGCAUGUUCCCCGCCAGGCUCCAAGGCCUCCUUGCACUGAGAGCAUCCAAGUCACUGUCCCUUGUGUGGAACCCACCUGCUGCAGAACCCCCCAGUGCCAGAGGAGGCCCUCCCCGCUGGGGCUGUCUCCGCCAUGCCAGGAUUGAUGUCCUCAGCCGUGGCUGGCGGGCCAGAGCAGCUUCUUGCUGGAUGACUGGCAGCAGGGCGGAUGUCAGCCUGCUAACGCGAUGAAAGGGUGGGUGAGCCCGCUGCGCUGAGCUAAGAGCCUGCUGCUGGGUCUCUGAUGGAGAGGUCCCUUUGGAAGAGCCCAGGAAGGCCUUGGGCCCAAUCCUUGGCCUCUGCCCCUCCGUACCCGUCACCCACCCACCCCAAAACCCCUCUCAUGUCAGCCACAGCCUAUUCCUCCAAGCAAGCUGGCUUGUCCAUUCAUCACUCACUCUUCUGUCCCAACAGUGCAGCUGGGGGGCCAUCCUGCUCCCCCCUGAUUUCUUCCAGGCAUGUUUCCCCUCCCCUCCCUGCAUCAGUCAGUAUUCCCGCUUUCCCUUGGCUGUGCUUGCAGGUCACAGACUGGCUCCAGACCUUGCUUGCAAAUGGGGCGGGGGGGCGGGGGCAAAGGGCCCUUGGGGCAGCUGGUGGCCUCUCCUGCAGCUGCCCCUCUUGAGUUAUGUUUCCCGUCCCAUGCCCCUCAGACUCCUGCAACUGAAGGAUCGCCAUUCUCUGCCUCCUCUGGCAGAGGACAGACAGCUCAUACCUCAAACCUCCCUCCCUCUUUCAGGCCAGGACCAACACUACUAGAUGCAGGGCCGGCCGGAGACAUUUGGCCACUCUCGGCAGUUGGGCCGUGCGCUCCGGCGGGCAUGCCUCCGGUUUCCCUCGUCGCCCCGCAGAGGCUCGUGUGGUGUGCCUCUUGGAUUGCAU